GGGCGGCGGCUGCUGCUCGGCUCUUCCCCGCCCGCCGUCGGAUCGGAGCGGCCGGCGACGGCGGCGGCGGCGGCGCAUCACGGCCACAUCAUCGCGGGGGCCGCCCGCCCUCUCUCUCCGGCCCCUUCCGCGCCUGCUCAGUGGCGGCGUUGCUCACCUAGCCCGGAGCUGUCACCGCCGCCGGGUGGCCCCUCCCGCCCGCCGCGAUGGAGCGGGACCGCGAGCCGCCGCCGGCCUCGCCCUCGCCCAGAUCCAGAUUUGUGUAUGGAGUUGUUGAAGAUGUGAGAUCCAUUAAAAAAACUUUUUGCAUUCAAGAAAGCAUCAUUUAAAUUUAUCUGUUUUAGAAUUAUCAAGUGUGGCACUUGAUAACUCAUCUUCAAGAUUUAUUCACUGACAUCUGAAGGACAAAGUGCUUUUCCAACCUGUACUUCUGUAGCACUAUGACUAACUGUAAAGACAGAUCUAUCAUCACCAAAACAAACAGCAAAGUUCAUGACAGAGAAGGUUUUGUAAACUGGACCAUAAGUCUUAGUACAGUUCAGUCCGAUAAAUUUUUGAAUCUGCUUUUGAGUAUGGUUCCAGUUGUUUACCAAAUAAACCAGGAUGAAAGACACAAAAAAGUGAAUGGUGUUUGGCAAGAUGGAUUACAAUCAGCAGGACAUAAUUAUAAUGUUAAAUCUGAGCAGCACGCAGAAUAUCAUCACUUCUCAGAACAAACUUUUCAUGGUAGUAAUGGACACAGCCCUUCUAACUGUAGCCCUAAGUAUGAUGACUUUUCCAGUUAUAAUUACUGUGAUGGAAUGGACACUUCAGAAACAGAUGCAAUGUUGCAGGAAGACCAUCUGUCUAGUGACAGUAAUGAAGAUAUUAUUGUGGAGGGGAGUAGAAAGCAACCCAAGGAAUCUAGUAGUAUUAUGGCACUGCAGAUACUCGUACCUUUUUUGCUAGCAGGAUUUGGAACUGUUUCAGCUGGCAUGGUUUUGGAUAUUGUACAGCACUGGGAUGUAUUCAAGAAUGUUACUGAAGUUUUUAUCCUGGUUCCUGCUCUUCUUGGUCUCAAAGGAAAUUUGGAAAUGACCUUGGCAUCCAGGCUGUCAACUGCAGUAAAUAUUGGAAAAAUGGAUUCUCCCAUUGAGAAAUGGAACUUGAUAAUUGGCAAUUUGGCCUUAAAACAGGUUCAGGCAACAGUAGUUGGUUUUCUGGCAGCAGUGGCAGCAGUUAUAUUGGGCUGGAUUCCAGAAGGCAAAUACAGCUUCAGUCAUUCAAUCCUUCUGUGUUCUAGCAGUGUAGCAACUGCAUUCAUAGCUUCUCUUUUACAAGGAAUAAUAAUGGUUGGAGUUAUUGUUGGAUCAAAGAAGACUGGAAUUAAUCCUGACAAUGUUGCCACUCCUAUAGCAGCAAGCUUUGGAGAUCUUAUCACUCUUGCUAUUCUAGCGUGGAUAAGUCAGGGUCUUUAUGCUUGCCUUGAAACAUAUUACUAUAUAUCUCCUUUGGUUGGUGCCUUUUUUUUGGCUCUGACUCCUAUGGGGAUUGUCAUAGCUGCCAAACACCCAGCUACUAGAACUGUUCUCCAUUCAGGAUGGGAGCCUGUUAUAACUGCCAUGAUUAUAAGCAGUAUUGGUGGCCUUAUUCUGGACACAACUGUAUCUGAUCCAAACUUGGUUGGAAUUGUUGUUUAUACCCCGGUAAUCAAUGGUAUUGGUGGUAAUCUAGUAGCUAUUCAAGCUAGCAGAAUUUCUACCUACCUCCAUUUGCAUAGCAUUCCUGGAGAGCUGCCAGAAGAAGCCAAGGGUUGCUAUUAUCCAUGCAGAACCUAUUACGGUACAGGAGUAAAUAACAAAUCAGCCCAAGUCCUGCUUCUUCUGGUGAUUCCGGGUCAUCUAAUUUUCUUGUACACUAUUCAUUUAAUGAAAAGUGGCCACACUUCCUUAACUCCAAUCUUCAUAGCAGUAUAUUUGUUUGCAGCUCUGCUACAGGUGUUUACUCUGUUAUGGAUUGCUGACUGGAUGGUGCACCACUUCUGGAAAAAGGGAAAGGAUCCUGACAGUUUUUCUAUCCCUUAUCUUACUGCACUGGGAGAUCUGCUUGGAACUGCCUUAUUAGCUGUAGGUUUUCAUUUUCUAUGGCUCAUAGGUGACAGAGAUGGCGAUGUUGGAGAUUAAUUAUUUCAGUGGAUGCGAUGACUUUUCCUGAAGUACUGAGAUGAGCAAUCAUUCCACUUGAUGGUCCUCAAAAUGGUCGUUCCAUUUGGUCUAAGUAAAUCAAGUUGACACAGAUGCAAAACAGCCUUAAUCAUUUUGGUUUGGAUUGGUAAAAAAGGAUGGAUCUAGGAGGAGACUUGAGGCCUUUAGAGUGGAAAACAAGGUGGAUGGCUGCUAGUUGAAAACAUCUGAGCAGAAACAAUGAAGGACACAUCAACCCUUUAUCAAGUUCUACAUUUUUAAAAGAGCUGGUCUUUUAAAAGAACUGUUUCUUAUCUGUUAGUGCAAACCAAAACAAUCUCUUAAUUUCUUAUUCAGUGGUGACAAAGAGGGUAAAAAACAAUCAGUGACUUACCUUGUUUUUCUUCCCUAAUAUUAAGUGGUUAUAUGUUCUCAUCUUCCCACAGAAGUGGAUAGGAUAC